AUUGGAGGUGUUCCCUCUGGACGGUGGGCGGAUUGUUUAGGAAAGUCUAAAAGUUCCACCCAUACUUUGAAAAAGUUUGUAGCAAUUGCCCAUUCGGGUAGGUUCCUUCUCGUUAGGUUGCUAGCUGUUUAUUUCGGCUUUGGUCAGGAAAGGCUGUCCCCAGUUAUAUAGCUGGGGCCCAGUCGUUUCAGUUAAGCCUGCUCACGUCUGCCUGGAACAAAUAACGUCCCUUCCCCCUUCUUACCGAAGUCUAAAAGGAGCUUUGUACACUGUCAAAGACCGCUUGUGAGAAGUAAAUACCAAGAAAGCGUCCCAAUGACUGAGCAAAGCCAGAAUUGUGCUCCUGGGGAAGAACUGAAGUCUACGAGAUUUCCAAGUAAAAAAGACUCUAAAAACGUUUCAUUUAAUUCAGAGCCGGAAAAUGCAGGGCUGGAAGAAAAGACAAAGAAAACUGGGAAACUGCUUAAUCAACAGUUACAAUCUCUGAAUCUGGAUGCAGAAAUCUUUGAAACCAAAAAGAGAAAUUAUUUAACCAGAUCAAAGACUUAUGAUACAGUAUAUCCACCCAGUCCUACAGAUUAUGAAACAAAGCUUGAAAGAAAAAAGUCCACAUUCAAUCCUUCGAAGACUAAUGCAACCUACCACAAGCUCUUUAAGCAUGUUGAAAAGGAUGAAUUAUUAAAACAAAGUUUUACAUGUGCGUUACAAAAAGACAUACUGUACCAAGGGAAAUUGUUUGUGUCUGAAAACUGGAUUUGCUUUAAUUCCAAAGUUUUUGGAAGAGAUAUUAAGAUUGCAAUACCUGCCUUUUCUGUAACUCAGAUUAAGAAACAGAAAACUGCCUUGCUGGUGCCAAAUGCUCUAUGCAUAUCAACAGAACUUGAGAAGUUUAUGUUUGUUUCAUUGCUGUCCAGGGAUGCAACCUAUAAGCUUCUGAAAUCUGUUUGUAUACAUCUGGAGGAUAGAUGUGAUGAUAUCACUCCAAACCCAUCCUCUCUCGAAAAUAGUUUCAGAGCUGAGCGUCCAACAUCUUUGCCCCUGGAGUUCAAUAUCGAAGGUUUGUCUGAUCUUGCAGUAUGUAGAAGGCGGGAAUUGGAGCAAUCUAGUAGCUCUGGGUCUCAAACUCCAGAGUCUGAAAAUUCUCAAGAGUUUACCAGUUCAACCCAAACACUUUUGAAAAUUGUAAAGAAUGAUGAAAUUCCGGUGCUUGCUGAUGUUCACGUAAAAGAAAUGCCUGAAGUGAAGAGAAGAAGCUGUCAUGACAAGAGACAUUCCUUUGUACACUUCUUACACAGAGUAAAAUCUAAUGGUGUCCAGUAUCUUUCUGUAAAUAACUUACUGGUGCUCUACCUGAUUAUAGUCAUUGUGCUCAUUCUGUCAUCCUUCUACAUGGGCUUAAAAAUAAUUGCUUUGGAGCAGCGCCUGGCCUCCCUGGGAGCAUUGCCAGAAUACCAUGCACAUUACAAAGAUUCUUUUGCUCAGCGUGACAUGGGACUACAGUUCCACGUUAAUACAGAUGUGAUCUAUGAUGAAUUGUCAGAAAAUCUUGCAAAGCUGGAAAAGAUACAGAAGAAUCUGCAAAAGCUUCUAGAAGGAACUGAAUGAGGGGCUCUACUUUUGAUCGUCAGUACAUUGUGUGCUUGCCAAGGUCAUACAUCUUUGGAAUGUGAUUUGAACUCUGCAGGACAGAGUCUGGGAUUGUUUAAGCUUCAAUCUUGCAUUUAUCAGAAUUCUGCGUGGCCUUCUUUCUAAAGAAAUAUGCAAGUAAUCUUCAAGUAUCUGCAAUAAAGCAUUCCAUUGAUAAGCAAAUCCUUUAUCUAAAAAUUAAUUUUUACACUUUUGGAAAAUAGUAAGGAGAUUUGUAGUGCAUCACCUGUGGUAUGUAUAAGAAAUCUACUUUCUAGGAAUAGUUUAGUCAUUGGUUCUAAAAGCACUCCAUAAUCUAAAAAUUGUUAGAAUAUUUUGUGUAAAGCAUAUGUUGAGCAUGUGUAUUAUCCACUUGCCCAAUAGUCUAAUAUGAUAAAAUUAUUUGAGCUUAGUACAGUGUUUUCAAGGGACAUGGGAUAGGUUUUCAUCUUUUGGUGUCUUGGCACGGCUUAUAAGCAGAAUUGGGAAGAGGUGAUCAUGGAAUGGUGUGCACCAGAUUUUCCUGCCAUUAAAUUAACUGGUAAUAAAAUUAGACAGACAGUUACAGCCAUGCAACUCCAAUCCCCCUUCCCACCCUCCCACUAAAUUUCCAUCUUCAAAUUGUGGUCAGGCAAUGCUUAUCCAGGGGCUAAAGAUGAAAAUCUACCCCACUGUGUUUGACCAGCAGGGGAUUGCAACUAUGACUUUAGAAGUACGAUAAAUAUGUUCUUGUACUGAGUGAAUUUACAACUAUUUGCAAUCUGAUACUAUUUAUAUGAAAUGUAAUUGUAUUCUUUUAAAACCAUUUCUAUGAAAUGAUUUCUCAGUUGAAAUUUUGUAAAUAAAAUUCUAGCACAUUAAAA